AUGGUUGUUAAUGCACAAUUGCGCAUUCGUGUUACAUCAAUGAGUGGAAAAGAAGCGGAGCAGUGCAUUUCAAAGCAAGCAUAUUUCGAUUCUGGAAAGAAACAGUUGAUAAUCUUGAGUCUGUAUGCUAGAUGUGAUAAACCAUUGUCGGAUGCAUUCGAAAAUGCGCGAAAAUCUCCUCGUACUCUCAAAAUCCGCCUCAUCAAAACAGCUCAAGACUACGAAGAGGUACUUCGGAAGCCACAUGAAUUGUGUUAUGUGACUAUCACUGAGGAUGUGGAUGAAAAGAAUGUCAUAUGGUUUUUUAUCGACUGCCUUAAAAGUAAGCAUUUUUAG